UGGCUAGGCGCGAAAGCUCGAAAGUCGCUGCCGGGCUGGAGACGGCGGGAGCAGCUGCUCAGCCGCUGAGGGAACCGGAGACCUGUUUCGUAUUGAACGCAGUGCUGGGGAGACCGGAGUCAUGACGGGCGAAGUGGCUUCUGAGGUUCACCUAGAAAUCAAUGAUUUAAAACUCAUUUCACAAGAAGAAGCAGAUAGUCCUUCAGACAGUGGACAGGGCAGCUGUGAACUAAUAGGACCCUUGAGUGAAAGAGAUUCAGAUGAAGAGAUAUUUGUGAGUAAGAAACUGAAAAGCAGAAAGGUGCUAGAAGACAGUGAUUCUGAAAGAGAGAACACAAAUGCCUCUCCAGAGAAAACUACCUAUGACAGUGUUGAGGAAGAAAAUAAAGAGAACUUAUAUGCUGGAAAAAAUGGCAAAGUCAGAAGGAUUUACAAAACUCUGGCAGACAGUGAUGAAAGUGACAUCGAAGAGUCUUUGUAUCGGGAAAAUCUUGAAACCCAAGCGACACCUUGCUUAGAGCUGGGUCUCCAAUCUGAAAACUCAGUGGACUUUACAGUUGACAGAAAGAGGUCCAAAAAACCCAUACAUGAGAAAGAAGGAACUGGAGGAAAAGCAAAAGUAAAAUCAAAGAGAAGAAGAGAGAAAGAGGAGAAAAAGAUGGAAAAAAUUAGGCGGCUGAAAAAGAAGGAAACAAAAAAUGAGGAAGAUGAUGUGACACAGCCAUUUAAUGAUAGUGGCUGUCUUCUUGCGGAUGAAGACCUUUUUGAAACUGGGUUGGAGGAGGACAGUAAUUCUCCAUUGGAAGAUGAAGAGUCGUUAGAAUCCAUAAGGGCAGCUGUGAAAAACAAAGUAAAAAAGCACAAGAAAAAGGAACUGUCUUUGGAGAGUGGGGUCUCUUUAUUUGAAGAAGAUAGUGAGUUAUCAAAAGGCACCAUGAGAAAGGAAAGGAAGGCAGCCAAGUUAAGUAAAGAAGCAUUAAAAAAACUGCAUAGUGAAACUCAGCGCCUUAUUCGAGAGUCUGCACUUAAUCUUCCAUAUCAUAUGCCUGAGAAUAAAACCAUUCAUGAUUUCUUCAAACGUAAACCGCGGCCCACUUGCCAAGGAAAUGCCAUGGCACUACUAAAGUCAUCUAGGUAUCAAUCAAGCCAUCACAAAGAAAUCCUAGACACCACGAACACAACUGAGAUGAUUAGUGACCCCCAUAACAAAGAUUCUGAGCAGACAACAGGUGCAGGACAUGAAGUGGAAAUGAAUGCCCUCCCUGCAGUUUCAAAGGAACCCCAGAGCACUAUUGGAUCAGAUGCGUCUUGCCAUAAGGAUUUGAUGGGAAGCGAAGAGCUAGAAAUUCAGGAGAAACAGAAGCAGAGUGAUGUUAGACCUUCACCUGGGGACAGGUCAGUGGCACAACAGGAGUCUGGCUUCCUCGGGAACACGGACGGUGAGGGGUAUCAGACUGGAGGGCUUGUGGCACCUGAACCUGAUGCCCUGGAGGGAGAAGAAGACCUGAAAAAAGCAGAAGAAGCAGAUGAGAAGGUGGAAGAGCCCAGGCAGCAAACUAAAUCUGCAGCAGUUGUGCCACCUGAGAAAAUGAGGCGGUUCACUGUGGAUAGACUUAAACAAUUGGGAGUGGAUGUUUUCGUUCAGCCUCGGCUGGGUGCCGAUGAAGAUUCCUUUGUGAUACUUGAAGAGCCUGAAACCAACAGAGAACUGGAAGCCUUGAAGCAGCGUUUCUGGAAGCACGCUAAUCCAGCAGCCAAACAACCCAGGGCUGGUCAGAAGGUCAGUGUGAACAUUGUAGUGAAAGAGGUGGGCACUGACGGAAAGGAAGAGCUAAAGGCAGAUGUGGUGCCUGUGACUUUGGCAGCUGAGAAGCUGGAUGGAGUAAGCCACGCAAAACCAGGUGAAAAGCUUCAGAUGCUGAAAGCUAAACUGCAAGAAGCAAUGAAACUCCGAAGGUUUGAGGAGCGCCAAAAGCGCCAGGCAUUGUUUAACUUAGAUAAUGAAGAUGGAUUUGAAGAAGAGGAGGAGGAGGAAGAAAUGACUGAUGAGUCUGAGGAAGAUGGAGAAGGGGAGGAAGAGGAAAAGUUAGAAGAAGGAGAGGAGGAAGAAGAGGAAGCCAAUCAGGAGGUUGCAGAAUUCCUUCUCAGUAAUGAAGAAAUAGAAAGCAAAGAUGAGAAAGAAAUGGAUAAAGAAAACAAUGAUGACAGUAGCGAAACUGGCAAGUCAGUUGGCCUUCUGUCUGUCCUCAAGCCUCUGUCAUCAGAUUCUACCUUAUUUCUAUUUAAGGACAACUCUUCCAAGAUGGAUUACUUUCCUACUGAAGAAAAGUCAGAAACAGACGAAAACUCAGGCAAAAGACCUAGCAAACUGGAUGAGGAUGAUUCAUGCUCACUGCUAACAAAGGAGAGCAGCCACAAUAGCAGCUUUGAGCUGAUUGCCUCUACAAUUCCAUCCUAUCAGCCUUGCAACAGACAAACAGGCCGCGGGACGAGUUUUCUCCCAACAGCGGCAGGAUUCAGAUCUCCUUCCCCUGGGCUCUUUCGAGCCAGUUUGGUCAGCUCAACUUCUAAGAGUUCAGGAAAGCUGUCUGAGCCUUCACUUCCCAUAGAGGAUUCCCAGGAUCUGUAUAACGCCUCCCCAGAGCCUAAGACACUUUUCCUAGGAGCAGGAGACUUCCAGUUCUGUUUAGAAGAUGACACUCAGAGCCAACUGUUGGAUGCAGAUGGGUUCUUAAAUGUUAGAAACCACAGGAACCAGUACCAAGCUUUGAAGCCUCGAUUGCCGUUGGCCAGUAUGGAUGAGAAUGCCAUGGAUGCUAAUAUGGAUGAACUGUUGGAUUUGUGUACUGGAAAGUUCACGUCUCAGGCUGAAAAAGCUCUGCCCAGGAAGAGCGACAAGAAAGAGAACAUGGAGGAACUUCUGAAUCUUUGUUCAGGAAAAUUCACUUCUCAGGAUGCCUCCACUCUAGCUCCAUCAGAGUUAAAUAAGCAGGAGAAGGAGAGCAGCAUGAGUGAUCCGAUGGAAGAAGCACUUGCUCUUUGUUCAGGCUCUUUCCCAACAGAUAGGGAAGAAGGUGAAGAGGAGGAAUUUGGAGACUUUCGGCUGGUCCCAAAUGAUGAUGAGUUUGAUAGUGAUCAGGAUAAACUCAGUGACUCUGAUAAUGAAGACGUGGCACUGGAAGACGAUGAAGAUGAUGAUGAAGAAGAGCUCCUGAGGCAAUCUGAGAAAUUGAAAAGACAAAUGAGAUUGAAGAAAUACCUGGAGGAUGAGGCAGAGGUGUCAGGGAGUGAUGUGGGAAGUGAAGACGAGUAUGACGGGGAAGAAAUUAAUGAAUACGAAGAGGAUGUAAUUGAUGAAGUUCUUCCUUCUGAUGAGGAAUUGCAGAGUCAAGUCAAGAAAAUACACAUGAAAACGAUGUUGGAUGAUGAUAAGCGACAGCUACGUUUAUACCAAGAGAGGUACCUUGCUGAUGGGGAUCUGCACAGUGAUGGUCCUGGACGAAUGAGAAAAUUCCGGUGGAAAAACAUAGAUGAUGCUUCCCAGAUGGACUUGUUCCACAGAGACUCUGAUGAUGAACAGAUCGAAGAACAGCUUGAUGAGACAGAAGCCAGAUGGAGGAAGGAGCGAAUUGAACGAGAGCAGUGGCUUCGGGACCAGGCACAGCAGGGGAAAAUUGCAGCUGAAGAAGAAGAAAUUGGGGAAGACAGUCAGUUUAUGAUGCUGGCCAAAAAAGUGACAGCCAAAGUGCUGCAGAAAAAUGCCAAACGCACUGUGGUUAUUGAAGAAUCAAAGUCUUUACCCAGAAAUCCUUUUGAAGCCAUCAGACCAGGAAGUGCUCACCAGCUGAAGACAGGCUCACUGCUAAACCAGCCCAAAGCUGUGCUACAGAAACUGGCUGCCCUCUCUGACCUCAACCCCAGUGCUCCCCGAAAUUCGAGAAACUUUGUCUUCCAUACACUUUCUCCUGUCAAGGCUGAGGCAGCAAAGGAAUCAUCUAAGCUUCAGGUAGGGAAUUUGAGAUUUGAUAUGGUGGCUUUCCAAAGCAAACUUAUUUAUUUUUUAAUUUAAAAAAUACAGAUCCCAGUUUGCAGGCUUAUGCUGCAGUGUUAAUCUUGCACCCCCCAGUAAGGUGCCAGGGUAUUGUUACCCUGAGUAGGUAAUCAGUUUUAAAACUUGCCUGGAAAAUUUAUAUUGCUUUCUUGUUUUUUUUCUGUUCUGAAUCGUCCAUGAUUUAACGAUGAGUUGCUGAAGAGCUAUUUUAAGGUAAGUACUUGAAUGAGGGUUUUGAGCUGACCUUGACACUCUCUUUGCUCUCUAGGUGAGGAGAAGGGGUCCAUCUGUAAUGACAACUCCUUCACCUAAGCGCCUCAAAACAGAUGGUAGCACUUCAGGAUUAAAGCAGAGCAUCUUCAGAUACUUGGAAAGCUAACACCAUCAAGGGUGCCAGCACCUACGCUGAGGCUGCAUUGAGAAGUUUCUGACAUUGAAAGUUGGAAUUGAUGCUCCCGUGGAUGAUUCUGCCCUUCCUUCAUAAUCAGUGCAUUAAGGUUGCCGACAGAGAUUCCAGUUCUUUCCUCUGUGUGGCUUCGGACCGCUCUUUCCUUUCCUAGUAUUAUUCCCUGGGUUGGCCACUAAUCUUAAUUCUGCAGUGUUUACAGCAUUGACUCAUGGGACACUUGGGUAAAGACUUACUUCCUGCAUUAAACAUUAUCCUAGCAGCUUCCUGAGUUGAUACCUCUUUGUGAAAGGGGUGGUAAGAGGAGGAGAAAGAAAAAGUGUGGCAUUACAGAAAAUGACAGAAAGCAGUGACUGUUGAUACCAGCAUGACUCCUUCACACCCCUAAGAUCUGCACCACGGUGACCAGGAGGACUCAGUGAAAGAGAGACUUCUUAGGCAGAGGACCUACGAAGAACCACAAGAUGGGCUGUUCUAUUAGUCUUGCCCUUUCUAUUUUCUUGUAUGCCUCUUCUCAAGACAGCCUCAAGUUCCCAAUUAACCUUUGCUUCCUUUAUGAUAAGGACUCAAACUGGUACCCAAGUCAGAAAGACCUUAUCCCCAAUUUUCUGGACUAUAGGGAUGAUGAUAAAGUGUUACACCGAAUGUCUGUCCACAUGAGCUAUCCCAAUGCGUAGAGAAUGCUCUCCUGGGACUAAAUUCUUCUUUAAAACACUAUUGCUCAAGGACCGCCCUUCUCAUCCUGACAAAAAGAAAUAUAACCAUUAUUUAUUGCAUUCAACUGGGUGGAGUAAAUUGCCCUAACCAGUCAGAGGACAAUUUAAUGCUUCAUUACUUAUUUUGAGAGAAGAUCACGAUGGGAUUUAAUCAAAAUAUUGUUAAGAGAAUUGCUAUCACUCCUGAGUUUCCCUAAACUCCCAUGAGGCACUCAGAUUUUAGACAGAUUUUUUUUUUUCCCCUCAGAACUGAGCAUCAUUGGUGCUUUGGAAAAACAUGCCGUGUGAAUAAUGUGGUUUCACUGUCAGAAGCUGGACUUGGGAGGUUGGAUGAAUUGUACCAGUGUUUUUUAUUGGCAGGUGAGGAACACCAAUUUAAUUGAUGGAAUGAGGGUGUAGGUUUUCUCCAGUUGCUAAUACACAAGAUGCUGACGUGGACAGAUUUAUGUUUGUAUAUUUGUAAUCUUGUAAUGAGGAAAAUGUAUAUAAAGAUGUUUUAAUAUGUAUGUGGUUUUUCAAAUAAAU